AUGCCUUACGUCGACAUCGAAUCGUCCUCUGGACCUCUGCAUGUCAGCUACCAUAUUUCUACACCCAGCAAUCCAAGCGCGGAGACAAUCGAUAAAAGCCUUCCUACCCUCAUCUUUUUGCACGGCCUUUAUCUCGGGCAGCAGACUUUUGAAUUUCAAUUUCGAGACAAGCAACUGAGGAGAUUCAAUCUCGUAUCGCUUGAUACUCGCGGACACGGCGACACCAGAGGACCUGUUCCAAAGACCUGGAGUCCCGUAGCAGCAGCAGAAGAUCUCUUCUGUUUCAUGCAAGCGUUGAAUCUCCCACCAUGUCAUUUUGUGUCGAUGUGUAUGCAGACUCUGACAUGUGCGCACCUCAAUACGGCGCAUCCCGACCGGGUGCUUUCCCACUUUCUGAUCUCUCCGGUGCCUGAUGUCGAGGACAAAAACGUCCUCGCUGGAAGACAGGAGAUCUACGACUGUUGGGUUCAGGCAUACGCGAAUCCGGAGAACGUCGACCAACUUGCUGCCGAAGAUUCCAUCUUUGGUGCUCUUCAAUACGCGUUCAACAAUAUCGAAAGUCGGUUCAUCACAGCCCUCGUGAAAUACUCCGUCGCACAAGGCGCAGUCAACUGGAGUGAUUUAGACGAGUGUUGGAACAUAUUCAUCGGCUUUUUCGCAAACAGCACGCGCAUAACGCGCGAACAACUCUGCAAGAACCGGGGAAGCCCCGUCCUGCUCGUACACGGGCAGAUCGACAUCGCCUAUCCGAUCGAACUGGCGCAGGGAGUGGUGAACGCGCUGGUAGAUGCUGGAGUGCAGACAGAGUUCGUGGACGUCCCGAAGGCGACGCACUAUGCUUGUGUCACUGCGCCUAAUGAGAUCAACGAACUAUUGCAUAACUGGAUUCUGAGACACAUCGAUGGCCCACCUCCACCCAUUCCGACCACAGCCAUCUCACCUUGGGAGUCCCUCUUCGGGGACUACGAGAAGAGCUCAGACGAGGAAUCAGACUGA